GCAGAGAUUGGGGAACCUCGGCCAACCGUGCCAGGGAGCAAAGCGACGGGGGCGUCCCAUUUCGCAGGCACAGCAGCUGCAGAUGUUUCGGCGUGUCUUUCUUCGCUCACGCCCGCAGAGGAGAGUUCCCCCUCUUUUCUCCUCCUUCCAGCCCGGUUUUGCAAGCCUCGCGUACCUACGAGCAGUUGCGGGCUACAACGGAGUGCUAAAAACUCUGAAUUCGCUUCGGCUCGGGCAGAAUCUGACGUUUCUCUGCAGGCGAUCUACUUGCUACCUGCGCCCUUCUUCUCAAGAGAAGCUGUUUUGAGGGACUUCGGAAGAUCCUGCAGCAAGAUGGGGCCCAUAGCUGGUGUGUGCCUGCUCCUGAUUCUCUGCAGGGCGGACUUCUCCCAGGGCGUUAACCCCUUUGCCAUGCAGCAGAUUCCACCAGACCCUUGCUACGACGAAAAAGGGGCACCCCGCCGUUGCAUCCCAGAGUUCGUCAACGCGGCCUUCGGCAAGGACGUCCAUGCCUCCAGCACGUGUGGGAAGCCACCCAGUCGCCACUGCGAUUCGUCAGACCCCCGGCGAGCUCACCCAGCAUCCUAUCUCACCGACCUCAACACUGCAUCCAACAUGACGUGCUGGCGCUCGGAGACUUUGCACCACUCUCCCCAAAAUGUCAGUCUCACCCUCUCCUUGGCCAAGAAGUUUGAGGUCAUCUACGUCAGCCUCCAGUUCUGCUCUCCCCGUCCGGAGUCAGCUGCUGUUUUUAAGUCCAUGGAUUAUGGCAAGAGCUGGGUGCCUUACCAAUACUAUUCCUCCCAGUGCCGGAAGAUCUACGGGAAGCCCAACAAGGCCACGGUCACCAAGCAGAACGAGCAGGAGGCCCUGUGUACAGAUGGCCAUACUGACCUCUACCCUUUGACUGGGGGGCUGAUUGCCUUCAGCACGCUGGACGGGCGUCCGUCGGCUCAAGAUUUUGACAACAGCCCUGUUCUUCAGGACUGGGUGACAGCCACCGAUAUACGGGUCAUUUUCAGUCGUCCUCAUCUCUUCCGGGAACUGGGAGCACGGGACCAUGAGGAUGAGGACGGUGGAGGGAGCUCCUCUUCAUAUUACUAUGCAGUGGGGGAAUUCCAGGUUGGCGGGCGCUGCAAGUGCAACGGACACGCCUCGCGCUGCAUGAAGGACAAGGAAGGCAAGCUGGUGUGCGACUGCAAGCACAACACCGAAGGGCCCGAAUGUGACCGGUGCAAACCCUUCCAUUACGAUCGUCCCUGGCAGAGAGCCACAGCCAGGGAGGCCAAUGAAUGUUUAGCCUGUAACUGCAACCUCCAUGCCCGGCGUUGCCGUUUCAACAUGGAGCUCUACAAGCUGUCCGGGCGGAAGAGCGGUGGCGUCUGCCUCAACUGUCGGCACAAUACGGCUGGGCGGCACUGCCAUUACUGCAAAGAGGGUUUUUACCGCGACGUGAGCAAAGCUAUCAGCGAUCGCAAAGCCUGCCGAGCAUGCGACUGCCAUCCUGUCGGCGCAGCUGGGAAAACCUGCAACCAAACCACCGGGCAAUGUCCUUGCAAAGAUGGUGUCACCGGCUUAACGUGCAAUCGUUGUGCCAAAGGCUAUCAGCAGAGUCGCUCCCCUGUAGCCCCCUGCAUUAAAAUCCCGGUUGUCAACCCAACAUCGGUGGUCACCAGCACUGAAGAACCAGCAGAUUGUGACUCCUACUGCAAGCCAGCCAAGGGCAAUUACAAAAUCAACAUGAAAAAGUACUGCAAGAAAGACUAUGUUGUCCAAGUCAACAUCUUAGACAUGGAGACGGUAGCCAACUGGGCCAAAUUCACCGUCAACAUCCUCUCGGUCUACAAGUGUCGGGACGAACGUGUGAAACGGGGCGAUAACCUCUUGUGGAUCCACAUGAAAGACCUGGCUUGCAAAUGCCCUAAGAUCCAAAUUAGCAAGAAGUACCUAGUUAUGGGAAUCAGUGAAAACCCCAGCGACCGGCCGGGAUUAAUGGCCGACAAGAACAGCUUGGUGAUCCAAUGGCGGGACGCCUGGACUCGGCGCCUCCGGAAACUGCAGAGGCGGGAGAAAAGGGGGAAGUGUUUGAAACCGUGAUUGGUUCGGCCUCGUGUCAGUUCAUGCACACCUCCUUCCCCUUGCGCCUGUGGAUGGCCUCUGGGCUCCACUCCAUGGACUCUUCCGAAAGACACUGUACAUAUACAUAACCUAUGAAUGGGUGGAUUCACCUCUGUAUAGUGUAUAUUUUGACAAAGGUUCUUUUUGGGGGGGGUGAGGGGCGGGGAUGGAUGUGUCUGUGAGCACAGGGAGGUGUGUUUUUUUAAUGUUUAUUAAGAAUAAGGUGGUAAGGACAAACCUUUAACGAGGAGCAAAGUGAAGGAAAGGUCUUCUGGACCAGUUCAUUAAAGGAAUGUGGAAGAAAAAAGCUCAGAUCAACUCUGGACCAGCAGGACUCCCUCUUCCUUAUCUGUCUGUCUGUCUGUCUGCCUGCCUGCCUGUCUGUCUGUCUGUCUGUCUAUCAUCUAUCAUCUAUCUAUAGCUAUCAUCUAUCUGAUCUAUCUAUCACUUCUCUCUCUCAUCUACCUACC